AUGGCUAACGUCAAGCAAUAUCAUCUUCUUCCUACGAACCUGAUUCCAAACUCACCAAGACCCUUGUUACACUACAAGAAUGUUCUAGUCAAACGUCCGAACAGCUCCCACUGUGACCCCGCCGAGACCUGGGCUAUGUUCACUAAAAAUGAGUGGGACGUGGAAUGGAUUUUCAGAUACGCCGACACGCAACUAUCGCACUUUCACUCAGAAGCACAUGAAUGCAUGGCAGUCCUUUCAGGCACUGCUACCAUUCGCUUUGGCGUUGGCGAUACAUCGGAGGAUCUACAGGACAACACGUACGGCUCGGCGUGGGAGGAGGGUGGAGUUGUACUCGAAGCUGAGGCUGGAGAUGUCUUUGUCAUUCCGGCUGGUGUAGCCCACAAAACACACAAGGCUAAACCAGCAGCUGAGUUUAAGCUCAUGUCGCCCGGUGUUGGACAUGGUAUUGAGGCUGAUGAUCCGAGAAAGGCCUUGUCUGAGCUUGUCCUGUCGGGAUAUUGCAUGAUGGGGGCAUAUAAUGGCGGUGACUGGGAUUUUGUAAAGAGUGGUGGUGACUAUGAAAAAUCGUGGAGGGUUCCUAAGCCUAAGUUCGAUCCUGUAUUUGGAGCAUCAGGCGAGGGACUUGGUAAGGCGUGGCCGGGUGGUAGUAGAGAAGCCGAGUUGGAGCCUACUGGUGCAAAGGAUAAGGAAUCUAAAGCUAAGGUAUAG